GUUUAAAGUCGGUUCAAUCGAUUCAGUGUGCUAAGUGAGACGUGAGAUAAGCUUAUGUAUGUAAAUAAACGCAAAAUUUUUGAUACAAAAAACAGUUUUUUCCGCGAUUACGGUUGUCAUAACAAAAAAUAUGAAAUUUAAUUCAUUAGGAAUAUUUUUUAUUCCACUUUGCAUUUUUGCGAUUUGUAAUCAAAAGACGAAUGUACAAGCGACUCAACGGCCGGCGGUUAGAGCCUGUGCGGCAUUGGACAAUGGACUACAGCAUAAUUUGAUACAGCGCACACCCGAAGGUAGUGCUGCUGCACCCGGAAAGUAUCCCUACAUGGCACUCAUUGGUCAAAAGGAAAUUGACACUGUCGUAUUUCUUUGUAGUGGCGCCUUGAUAGAUAAACGUUUCGUGCUAGCCGCAGCUCACUGUCUAGUAAGACUUAAAUCGGCGAUAGUGCGUCUAGGUAUUACACAUCUUGAUGAUCUGGCACAAAAUAACAGCAUGGUGGAGAAAAAAAUCCAAGCAGUUCAUGUGCAUCCUGAGUUUUCAUUAUUUUCUGCAUACAACGAUAUCGGUUUGGUGGAAUUGGAGAGUGACAUUAAUUAUUCGUCGUUGGUGUAUCCCGUUUGCUUAUUUACCGGUGCUGAAAUUCCUUUAAACAAUACUAAGUUGUAUGCCACGCGUUGGGGUGGCAAUGGUGAGCGCAUUGUGGGUGUAGUGCCCAUGCGAAUUCUUCCCCCCUCAUUGUGUCGAGAUGCUUAUAGUGAUUUUAAAGACCGUCGAAUCGCAGAUGGUAUUCAGGCAACACAUUUAUGUGCACAUACUGUUAAUCAAUCUGUGGACACUUGUGGUAAUACUGCUAAUGGCCCUAUGGUUUUAGUGGAAGAUGAAGGUUUAAAUAAAUAUCGACUCGUUGGUAUAGAUUCCUUUGGUCUACACUGUGGUUCCCAUAAGCCGGAUGUGUUUACUAGAGUAUCUGAGUACUUAGAUUUCAUUGAGGGUAUAGUCUGGCCGUCCAAAUGAAUACGUUUAUGUUUUGAUACUCGUAAUUAACCCUUUCAUGAGCACUUUCGUUAUUUAAAUUUUUUUCACCGUCUGUUUUUUUCAAUUUGGUAGACUUAUGUAUUGUGCAAGCAUACAGUUACAUUUUUUGUUAUAAGCUGUGCACGUAUUCAUUCAGUAGACGUUCUCCGCUGAGUGGAAUUGUCAAAAUAGGUUUCGCGAAAAAAGUUAUAAUAAAGUGGUUAUACAAAAAGUGUUCAAAAACAUAAAAUAA